GUGCGUUUGCGUCAAACACAGUCUCUCUUCCUCUCUUUUUAACCAAUGCUUUCACCCAAAACAUUCUAAACCCUCUUACCCUACCCUUCCAUCAUUAUUAUAAUUAUAUUUAUAUAAUAUAUAUACACAUAUUACAGAGUACUAGCUCUUUUCAACCUCCAGUCAUCUCUCUCUUUUUUUCUUUUUCACUUUGAUUUGUAAAGAACAUGGCUUUAGUCUUUGGAAGAAGAACCCCCUCUAGUCUUGGUAUUACCAUGAGCCUCUAAAAGUUUGCAAACAAAUAUAUAUAUAUAUAUAUAUAUAUAUUAUACUAUUCAACCAUUUUUUCUUUUCUCUUUCCCUUAAUUUCCUUUUUCGGUACACAUUAUUUUCUUUCCAUAAAGUAUUCAUGGACAUCAACUGCUUCAGUACCAUGAAUGACCAUUGCUCAAACUGGGUUGUCAAUGUUUCUAUUUUCCUCCUCUGUUUUUUUUUUUCCUUCUUGUUCUUAGUUUGGUAAUGUAAGAGAGAGUAACGGAGUAGCCCGAGGUCAUUACUCUUAGCUUAGUUUAAUAGUCGGCUGAUUAAUUCAAAUGGGUAGUGGAGAAUAUAGAUGGGGAGGAGGUAUAGGUAUAGGCAUAGCUCCGGUAUCAACAAUGGUGGCACCAUUGAAUAAUGCAGAGAGAGACGAGUAUUAUUGGAGGCAUGUGAACAGCUCAAUGAAUGCGGUGUCGUUUGGUUUCGUUGCCACUGCUAUUCUUAUAUCAAUGUUCCUUAUCAUGGCUAUUUUUGAAAAAAUUUUCAGACCAAGAUCAUCAUCAUCAUCUUCUUCUUCUUUACCUUCUCGGAAUCGUUUGGAUCUCGAAGCACAGAUGGUCUACGGUGGUAAACAUGAUUUCCCAUCUCCUAAGAUGACAGUUUAUGCGAGAGGAGUUUCGGUCUUGAUGCCCGGCGAGGAAAUCCCGACCUUCAUUGCACAUCCUACUCCGGUGCCAUGUCCUCCGGAGCAAAUUACAUGGCCUACACAUCAGCAUAACACAUGCUUUGGUCCCUCUUCGACUGCAAAUUCAACUCGAAACCAAAUGUGAUUGUUCCACUAAUCUACCAAAAAAAACAUGGACUUGGAGAACUUGGAUACAAAGGGUGAUUGAAAGAAAGCCUGAGAGAGAACAUGCAGUGCAUUUUGUGUACAUUUUGAAGGUGAAACUUGGCAGCUUUGCUAGCUUUGAAAACCUUAUGCUUAGAGUGAAUAUGCAAUGUGAUUUGUAUGCCUUGUCAAAUGAAUUCAAAAGCUCACAAGCUGAUACAAGAUUACCAAUUUUUUGUAAAGAAAUUAAUUUAUGAAACUGAUAUCGAGUUGUUCUUAGGACAAGGUAUAACAAUUUUCUUUUC